AUGGGUCUCGAAGAUGAGACCGGCGACUCGUCCGCCGCUGCUCCCAAGAAUCCCUUCAACUUCCAGACACAAGUGAUAUCUACUGGUCCUGUAAAGUCGAACAUUGGACAACGUCGCGGUCACCGAUACAAGCACAGUAGCAUAUCAUCACAACACCAGAUCUUCAAGGAGCCACCCCAGAGACCUCCGCCCGUUCUCCCAGCGUCUCUUCCUAUCCCGACCAUCCGCGAAGCAUGGAAGAGCAUGACCAAAGACCAGCGCAUCCACUGCUACUGGAGUCUCUGCCAUCUGGCCGUUGCCACAUACGUCUUCUUCCGCUCCGAGGGCUCUCUUGCUACAACGGCGCUCUCACACCUUGUCUUCUUUGAUGCUGGUAGUGCCGCUGUCUGCGUUAUGGUGGACGUUCUUGGCAACUUUGAGGUCUGGCGUCGCAGCAGUAUCCGCCACCCGUUUGGCCUUGAGAGAGCAGAGGUUCUGGCUGGCUUUGCCAUGUCAAUCUUCCUCCUCUUUGGUGGAUUCGAUCUUAUCUCGCAUGCUCUCAAGCACUUCCUCGAGUCUCUUGGUAACCACGAGGCUCACCAUGCGCAUGGACAUGAGGGCCCAGAUGGUUCCAUUGACUUUGUCUCUGCUGCUGCCAUGAUCAGCACACUGGUCUCUGCGUAUGGUCUUCGAAACCACGCUCGCAUUGCCAAGAUCAUGCGUGUCUCCUACCUCGCCUCUCUCCCCAGUGUUCUCUCCAACCCAUUCCACUUUCUCACUCUAUCCUUCUCUGCCCUAAUUGCUCUUCUACCCCUUCUCUCCAUUGCCCUAUACACAUGGCUCGACCGCCUAAUCUGUGCCGUCAUCUCAUUUGCCAUGUUCGCCCUGGGCAUGCGUCUCGCUGUGGCUCAGGGCCUCAUGUUACUCAUGUCCUAUGGUGGUAACGGCGGUAACAACGGCGUUAGCGCUGUUCUGCGUGAAAUCGAAACAGAGCCCAGCAUCGUUGCCAUUGAUGAUGCUCAGUUCUGGCAGGUCCACUACGGCCUUUGCAUGGCCAAUCUCAAGCUGAGUGUGGUCAAGGGUUAUGAUGAGAUGUCGCUCAGCAGGCUGCGUAGCCGUAUCUCGGCGUUGAUUCAGAAUCGCCUAGGUGAAGGCUAUGGUCACGGUGGAAGCGUUCGAUGGGAGGUGACACUCCAGAUGAGUACCGAUGGAAGCACAUAA